AAUGUUUGCAUAUAAAACAGUCAUAUAUAAAAGUGUCAUUGUUAUAUUCUAUUAUAAUACAUCCAUUCAAAUAUUUUAAUAAAUCGUUGUAUAAACGACAUCUCUGGGAAAUUAGUAACACUCGACAAUGAACUGUUAGUUCCGUGACGAAAGAAGUGGAGAUAUGUUAACCGCAGAACUCCCAAUGUUAACCGCCAUUCGCAAUUGUUUAUGUUCGGUUGAGAGUUCUAUAUAAUAAGACCUACUAAACGGGUGCUAAGUUAUAUAAAUGUUGUAACAAGAUCAACACGAUGUCUCAAACAUUUAGCAAAAUUAUCCCAAUAACUUCACCAAUUUCAACAACCUGUGUGGACUAUGUCCAUCCUUGGACAAGUAGUUGUUUACAAGGAAUUUGUGGACUAUAUUUAUAUUGCAUAUUUGAUUCUUUGAGGGUGUAUGGAUCUGUUUAUGUGUUAACAUUAUUGAUGAAAGGACGAAUACCCACUAAAGAUGACUUGAAAAAAACAUUAUAUGGAAUACUGCAAUCAACUGCAUUCUUAAGUGGUACGGGAUUCGGUUAUUCAUUAUUUUUGUGUACACUCAGGAGGGUGUUAGGUCAUUUUAACAUACUGACCGUAUCUGCUUUGCCUGCCUUUUUAGCCAGUGUGUUCUCAAUACUUAUUGAAAGACCUUCAAGGAGAACCUUAUUGUGUCUGUAUGUAAGUAACGUGGCAACUGAAACGGUAUGGAACAUGGCAGUAUCCAGAAACUGGGUCCAUAACAUUAAGUAUGGAAAUGCUGCCAUUUUCAGUACAAGCAUUGCUCUAUUAUUAAUGUACUUUAAAGGUGGACAUCAUAAAAAUGGAAGCAGUAAAGUUGAAGAUUCGAUGUUUCGGGUUUUAAAGUUCGUAGUUGGACCAUAUGAAGAAAAAGAUUACAUAACAAGUAGAUCUAGUCAGGCGAACAGCUUUUAUCGUCAACAGGACCAAAAUGAUGGAAGGUCAAGAUCUGGUAGUUGGCGACAGAGUAGGCCUAAAAAGAAUAUAGUCCUACAUAUAAUUUACCAAAUGUUAUCAGUGUAUAAGAAAAUUAUUAAUAAAAUUAAGUGCUGUGAUAGACACCACGCCUGUCCGCAUCCUUUCAGCUGUUUGUACUAUGUAAUGCAAGGAACUGGAAAGAUGUUUACUGUCGGCCUAGGAAUACAAAUAACUCUAAAACUAUUAUUAAACGUGAAAAAAAUAUUCCAAUCACCAAAGAAUUUAAAAAGUAUUCUAUGGAAGAAGGAAAUAUUAAAUCUUGCUUCUUUCCUAGGUGCUUUUUCGGGUCUUUUCAGAUCUGUGUUGUGUAUAUUAAGAAGAACAACAGGGAAAGAUGAUGCUCUCCAUGCAAUUCCAGCGGGAUUGGUCGCUGGUAUGGCGUUUACUAAAUAUCCAGAUACAACCAUAUCCUUGUAUGUGUUGUGGAAAGCGGCACAGAUUACUUAUAAUAUUGGAAUUGACAAAGGAAUCGUCCCAAAAGUUCCCGGCUUUACAGAAUUUCUUUACUGCUUUAGCACAGCAAUUCUGUUUCAUGCAGCAAUAAUGGAACCAACAAAUUUGCGACCCAGUUAUUGGAAAUUCUUGCAUUCCAUAUCUGGGGGAAGGAUCGCUUGCAUGAAUCGUGAACCAUUAAACGUAUGGGGCUUAAAAACUUCGGAAUCGCUGAAAACUGUACUAGCUCGAACAAAAACAGUGCCUGUGGUUUAUUUUUGAUAAAUAUUUUAUAGAAACUCAUUAUUAGGUACAUUUAUUAGGUCAUUGUGUAUGUUAAUAUUUUAUUGUAUUUUAUUGAAUCUGCUAUUUUUACAUUUAUAACUGUACAUUGCACGUUUUUGUUAUAUUUUUGUUACAUACAUGUUGUUAUUAUUA